GUCCGGUCGUAUGAAUAAGUAUCACCCCCACCAGAACCCCAAGCCACACACCAGGCACGCCAGCCUCACUCACUCCCCAGACCACCUCACACGCACGAAGCAGCAGAGCAGUGGACUGGACUAGCAAGGUGGGCAACAUGAAGCCUGCGGCCACCGCCAGAGUUGCUGGCCUCCUCUUCUUCCUCGUCCUCCUCCUGGCGCUGCCUUCCCUCCGCGUCUCCAUGGCUGGAUCAGGGUUCUGCGACGGCAAGUGCGCGGUGAGGUGCUCCAAGGCGAGCCGGCACGACGACUGCCUCAAGUACUGCGGGAUCUGCUGCGCCACCUGCAACUGCGUGCCGUCCGGGACCGCGGGCAACAAGGACGAGUGCCCAUGCUACCGCGACAUGACCACCGGACACGGCAACCGCACCAGGCCCAAGUGCCCCUGAUGAUAUUCCUUCCUUCGCUCCGGGGAGCCAGCUGCCAGCUGGGGCUGUCUUGCAUGCGUAUGUAAUGUAUAGGCUGUGCAAUGCAUGCAUACAUGAUACAUGCCGUGACUCUGGAUCGGUGGAUGCCUAUGCAUGCUUUUCAGUUUUCACUAGCUGCUACUACUACUACUCUUCCUGUCUUCCUAGUUCCUACUAUGUGCACCAGAGAGUGAGAGGGACGACAUGCAUGGAGAUGAGAUGUCGUGUUAUGUGCACU